AGAGUGGAGGGGAGGCGGGAGAGUGGGUGAGCAAAGCAGCCCAGUGCCCAGGCUCUAGUCUCCCCUGCCUCUCCAGGCCAUGGGCCCCCUGCCAGGUGAGGGCACUGGCCAAGGCCCAGUGAGAGCAGGGCAGGCCCCUUUCCUCGCAGGGGCCUGCUCAGAGUUCAAGGGUUCUGGGGAGAUCAUCCAGGCUUCCUUUAAACUGCUGCUGCAGCCGAGGCUGGAGUUUGGAGUUUGACCUGUGUGGAACUUUCUCAGCAGGAAGGCAGAACCACCGCUACCCUCUGCCGCAAAGGACAGGAAAUCCCAGGGGUGUCCCUCCUCACAGUCCCUGAGAACCUAGGGCGGUAGGGUCUGCAUCCAGAAGAAGGACUGGGAAGUUCAUUCAGCACCAUGGAGAGCGGCACCAUCAGCCCUCGACCUCCACAGUCUGAUGCCCUGGAGGCUUUCCCCCAGAAGAGCCUGGAGCCCGGGGACAUUGCUGUCUUGGUUCUGUACUUCCUCUUUGUCCUGGCUGUUGGAUUAUGGUCCACAGUGAGGACCAAGCGAGAUACAGUGAAAGGCUACUUCCUGGCUGGAGGUGACAUGGUGUGGUGGCCGGUGGGUGCAUCCUUGUUCGCCAGCAACGUUGGAAGCGGACACUUCAUUGGCCUAGCAGGGUCCGGUGCUGCUGUGGGCAUUUCUGUCGCCGCCUAUGAGCUUAACGGCUUGUUUUCUGUGCUGAUGCUAGCCUGGAUCUUCCUUCCCAUCUACAUUGCUGGCCAGGUAACCACGAUGCCAGAAUACCUAAGGAGGCGCUUCGGGGGCAGCAGGAUCUCCAUCACCCUGGCUGUGCUCUAUCUGUUCAUCUACAUCUUCACCAAGAUCUCAGUAGACAUGUAUGCAGGUGCCAUCUUCAUUCAGCAGUCCCUGAACCUGGAUCUGUACCUGGCCAUAGUGGGGCUGCUGGCCAUCACAGCUCUGUACACCGUUGCAGGUGGUCUGGCUGCUGUUAUCUACACAGAUGCGCUGCAGACUGGGAUCAUGCUCAUAGGUGCAUUCAUCCUGAUGGGCUACAGUUUUGCAGCUGUUGGUGGGAUGGAAGGCCUGAAGGACCAGUACUUCUCAGCCCUGGCUAGUAACCGGAGUGAGAACAGCAGCUGUGGGCUGCCCCGAGAAGAUGCCUUCCACAUCUUCCGAGACCCAGUGACCUCUGACCUCCCCUGGCCUGGGAUCCUAUUUGGAAUGUCCGUCCCAUCUCUCUGGUACUGGUGCACAGAUCAGGUGAUUGUUCAGCGGAGCCUGGCUGCCAAGAACCUGUCUCAUGCCAAAGGAGGUUCCCUGAUGGCAGCGUACCUGAAAGUGCUUCCUCUUUUCCUAAUGGUGUUCCCUGGUAUGGUCAGCAGAGUCCUCUUUCCAGAUCAAGUGGCCUGUGCUCAUCCUGACAUCUGCCAGCAGGUCUGUAGCAAUCCCUCUGGCUGUUCAGACAUCGCAUAUCCUAAACUUGUGCUGGAACUUUUGCCCACAGGACUCCGUGGGCUCAUGAUGGCUGUGAUGGUGGCGGCUCUCAUGUCCUCCCUCACCUCCAUCUUUAACAGCGCCAGCACCAUCUUCACCAUGGACCUGUGGACCAACAUCCGGCCACGGGCAUCUGAAAGGGAGCUCAUGAUUGUGGGCAGGGUGUUUGUGCUUGUGCUGGUGUUGGUCUCCAUCCUCUGGAUCCCUGUGGUGCAGGCCAGCCAGGGAGGCCAGCUUUUCAUCUACAUUCAAUCCAUCAGCUCUUACCUACAGCCACCGGUGGCUGUGGUCUUCAUUAUGGGAUGUUUCUGGAAGCGUACCAAUGAAAAGGGUGCCUUCUCAGGUCUGAUCUUGGGCCUGCUGCUAGGAUUGGUCAGGCUGGUCCUGGACUUUAUCUACGUGCAGCCUCGGUGUGACCAGCCCGAUGAUCGCCCAGCUGUGGUGAAGGAUGUCCACUAUCUCUACUUCUCCAUGAUUCUGUCUUCUGCCACCCUCAUCACUGUGAUCACCGUGAGCUGGUUCACAGAAACACCCUCCAAAGAGAUGGUCAGCCGCCUGACUUGGUUUACUCGUCAUGAGCCUGUGGUCCAGAAGGAGCCAGUGCCACUGGCAAACCCCCUGACUACAACCCUUCCUCAGAAUGGGACUACAGAGGCCGCCAGCACCAGCAUCCAGUUGGAGACAAUUCAAGAAAAUAAGAGCAAAGCCCAUAGCCAGGAUGUGUCCCGCAAACAGUCCAAGGUGCUGAAGGCUAUGCUGUGGCUCUGUGGAAUGGAAAAGGACAAAGAGGAGCCCCCAAGCAAAGCAGAACCUGUCAUAGUUUCCUUGGAGGAAAAUCCCCUGGUGAAAACCGUGCUAGACGUCAACUGCCUUGUGUGCAUCAGCUGCGCCAUCUUCCUCUGGGGCUACUUUGCUUAACACGGGGGAGUCCGGGGAAUCCAAGCUCUCUGUGUGUUUUCAGUGCCUUGUUAUUUUUUUUUUUUUAACAAUAGAAAACAAAAUGAUAAUAAAGCCUGUGUUUGUUUGUUUGCCAUAAAGCUUCAGAGGUAUUGCUGACGACCCUAUUGGCAUUUUCUUCUUGAAAGGAACGGCUGGCCCUGGAGCUUUUCUCACUGUGGUACUCGUCCUGCUUAGAGUUUGUGGGAAACACACGUGUGCAGUGCCCUGAAACCUCAGGCACUAAAACUCAGGGGCUGCAUGGUGGCACGUGUCUGUAAUCCCAGCCCUUUCUGAAUUAGGAUUCCAAGUUUGAGGUCAGUUUGGGCUACAUAGACAGACUCUGUCUCAAACAAGAAACAAAACAAAAACACAAAACACCUGAACAGUGGUGCACAUCUGUAAUCCCAGCACCUAGGAGGUAGAGGCAAGAGGAACAGGAGUUUAGGGUCAAGGUCAGCCUGCCUGGGCUACAUGAAACCCUGCCUCAAAAUAUAUAUAUAUAAAGAAAAGAAAAGGAAAAAAAGAUGAGGUAACUGUGUGCACUUCUUGAAUUUUAGCUUAGUGGCUGGAGAGAUGUCUCAGAAGUUAGGAGCUCUUUGCUGCUCCUGCAGAGGACCAGAUUGGUUCCCAGGAUCCCCCAGUAACUCCAGCUCUAGGGAUCCAACACCUUUGUGUGGCCACUCCAAUGCAUUUGCAUAUAUGUGCACACACACACACACACACACACACACACACACACACACACACGCGCGCGCACACACACACACGAACACACACAUGUACAAAAAUAAAAAUAAAUCUUUCUCAAACAUUCUAGCUUUGAAAAGUUGGCUUCUUAAUUCCACAGGAAGAGCCUUCUCAGCAGACAGCUGGGAAGAUCCACCUGCAUGAAGCCUCUGGUUGGGGGCCUGGGAUGUCCAGGACCUCGGUCUGUGUGGGGCCUUCUCCAGCAGCUUCUUUCUUCUGGGCCCUGAUGGAAUGAUUCAGAUUGGCUUUUGCAGUGUACAGGACAGCUAAGAGCAAUGCCACCUCUGAGGUAUCCCUCAGACACAAGCUGUCCAGACCUAAUAUAAAGAGACGAUGGGUGGAGCUACUUACAGGCCCCACCCAACUCUCCUGAGACUCUAAUUUCCAGGGAUUUCAAAGGAAAACAGGAGUCACUUGGCCACCUACUCAUCCAGUGAGUUUCUAGGUGAUAGCCAUGGCGACAGGGACCAGCUGGCCCAAUGGGAGUCAUUAGUCAGUGUGUACCUUUAACACUAAUCCAAACAACAGUCUGGACAAAAGGCUCCCUAAGACCUCCCAGAAGGGCACGUGGGGAGCUUAUGGCUUACACAAUUCCUAGCCAGACCCAUAAAGCUGGAUCCUGGCAAGAGCCCAAGAUGACUUGGGAGGCAAAAGGGCUCAAGGGUUAAGUCCACAGAAAAGAGUAAGUCUUCCUCUCCAGGAGCCAAAGGAGGGAAUGGUCCUCGGUUCUCGGAGGACUGGCAAACUGAGAUGUCUCCUGAGAAUUUGCAUUUGGCAUUGUCUCUUUGGGGAGCUUAGAUAAGAGGUAUUGGUAUAUGGAAAUUGAUUUGUUAAAGGUGUGAAUUGUGUAACAAUAAAAAGGCCCUUUGCUAAGCCAGUGAGUCAGUCUGCCAGAGGCUGAUCCCUCUGCAGCUGGAAAAAAGCUAAAAAUAAUCCUUAGAGUGCCUUUGUGUCUUUUUUCCACGGACCCACGUAAACCCACAUCCAAUACAACAAUCCCUCCUUUCUCUUCUACCUAAAUCCUACUCUAGGAUUUAGACACGUACAGACAUCACUUCUAGAAAGCCUUCCUUACUUAGCGCCCUCCGAUGGCAUGUGCAUUCAAAAUAUACCAAGGGCUUGGGAAGAGAGCUCAGUCAGCAGAGCACUUCUGUAGAAACACGAGGACCUGAGAUCACAGUCCCAGCACCCACCUUAAAAGCCAGGUGUACAUCCAUAAUCGCUACAUGUCUGCUACAGAGGCGGACAGGAGGAUCCUUGGGGCUUGGUGACCAACCAGCCUAGUCUAGUCAGUGAGUUUCAGGUGCAGUGAGAAACUAUAUCUCAAAACAUAAGAUGGAAAAGCAAUUGAAGAAGACACCUGAUAUUGGCCUCUGGAUGCACAUCUACAAACAUGAGCAGCCAUCACACACACACACACACACACACACACACACACACACACACACACACACACACACACAAAUAUUUAACUGCUCAAAUGCAGUGAACAUUGAUUGCAUGAAGGCAGAGGGUGUCAUACUGAUGUCUGGAAUAGCGUCUGCUGGGUAAAUGGGUGGCAACCUCAAGAACACACAUGUAACCUGGCUCCAUACCUUCUAGCUACCACCGAUCACCUUUAGCCAGCCUGUCUUCUCACUCCUGCCCAAGUCCCUUAUACCAUGGAACACAUGGUGGUGAUAUUGUGUUCCCCAAAAUAUUGUGCACCCUAAUAAACUUAUCUGGAGUCAGAGGACAGAACAACCACUAGAUACAGAGGCCAGAAAAUAGUAGCACACACACCUUUAAUCCUAUCACUUGGGAGCAGAGAUACAUCCGGAUCUCCGUGAGUUCAAAGCCACACUGGAAACAGUCAGGCAUAGUGACUCACGCCUUUAAUCCCGGGAAGUGAUAGCAGAAAGCAGAAAGGUAUAUAAGAUAAGGCGUGAGGACCAGGAACUAGGGCAGGUUAAGCUUUUAGGCUCUGAGCAGCAGUUCAGCUGAGAUCCACUUGGAUGAGGACUCAAAGGCUUUCAGUCUGAGGAAAUAACACACGCUGAGGCAUUGGUGAGGUGAGGAAGCUGUGGCUUGUUCUGCUUCUCUGAUCUUCCAGCGUUCACCCCAUACCUGGCCUCGGAUUUUUUUUUAUUAAUAAGACUGUUAAGUUUAGUGCUACAACUAUGUCUGUGCCAGCGUAGUAACCUGUAGUCAGAGCUCAUGGAGGAGACCUUCCAAGUCCUUCAUUAUAACUGGGCAGCUCUUACAGUCAACUCUCAAGUCUGGGGAGGGCUCAGAAUCAGCCAGAUCACGCUACUUCUGCCUCCCGAGAAAAGUGCCCAACUGUCCACUCCCCACUGUCCUUAACGUGGGCCAAUGUCAGCACCAGUUCUAAAGGGGUCUCCCCAUCCAGUCUCACCUCCACCCAGGUCUGUUUCUUCUACAACAUAGGCUUGUGGAGAUGUAAAAUACAAACCUUCUCUCCCCAGCUCUUCACCGCACUCUCCUUGGGAAGCUGAUAAACUCCCGGUACAGGCCCUCCAUGCCCAGCUCCUCCUGCCCUCACCAGCCUCCUCCCUUGCCUUUUGCUGCCUUCAGCCACAGCCUCACCAUUUUCUACCCCUUCUCCUUGGCACAUUCGCUGUUGUUUCUGAGAUAGGGUCCCACUGUGUGGCUCUGACUCACCUGGAACUUGCUUUGUAGCCCUGGCAGGCCUUGAACUCAGAGAGAGCCCCUUGCCUCUGCUUCUUAAGCCUACCACUUCUUAAAGAUUUAUUUUUAUAUAUAUGAAUGUUUUUCCUCACGUACAUAUGUGUACCACCUGUGCAAGCCCAAGAGGGGCUCAGAACCCCUCCUCAACCACAAACUGGAGUUCCAAAUGGCUGUCAGCAUUCGCAUGAGCACUGGGAACCGAACCCUGGUCCUCUGCAAGAGCAGCUACCGCUUACUCUAGCCCCUCCUUCUGCUCUGGUUUUACUUCCUGAUUCCAUCUUCCUCUGACCUCACUCCCCCCACCCCCCACCCCCAUUGACUCCAUCUCUGUCACUCAUUGUCUUCACCACCUCUCACUGAUUCCUCCUCUGGUUGAUUCCAUCUCCCACUCUGGUCUCAUCUCCCAACUCUAGCUCCACCUGCCGCUCUAGCCUCAUCUCCCUAGGUCCACUUCACAGCCAUCCCUCCUCAGGCGCCACCCACUUGAGCUUUUUUUCUAUUGUAUAUAGUUAUUGUACUUAUUAUAUAUAGUGCUUCUUAUAUUAGUUAUAACUUUUUCUAAUUUUUUUUGUUUUAGACAAAAAAGGGGAAGUGUGGUGAUAUGUUGUGACCCCCAAUAUUGUGCAACCUAAUAAAGAGGAUCUCCAAGUGG